AUGUCUGCUGAAGCCCCCCUCUCCUCUGUGCAUACAAAAACAACACCCGGCUCUGCACCCAAUGGCCUGGGGAAUGGCUUGUUUGCAUCAGAAGACAUUCACACCGGGGAAGACGUCUUGAAAAUUAGCGCCCCUUUUGUGGCUGUCCUGGACACACCGCGGUUGAAUGAUACGUGCUCCGGGUGCUUUGGGAAGAGGCAGCUAAAUGUGGGUGCGGAUCUACAUAUGAGGGCGUGUACCGGGUGUCAGGUGGUAAAGUAUUGUGAUAGGGCAUGUCAAGCCAAAGACUGGAAGUUCGCGCAUUCUCACGAAUGCCGGAUCUUCAAAGGCCUCGCUCCUCGGGUUCUCCCUAAUAAUGCCAGGGCAAUACUCCGGGUGUUACUGCGCAGUAUAAAGAAGAAAUAUAGCAAUCAAGAGGUUGAUCUCUUUAUCCAGCUGGAGACGCAUAUCCGGGAGAUUCGCGAGCGAAAUAUGGCGCAGUGGGAGCGGAUCUCGCUGUCUGCGAAGGCUGUGAAGAUGUAUUCUGGAAUUGAUAUGAAAGAAGAGGUUAUUUCGGCUUUUGGUGCAAAGCUGGAUCUUAAUGCGUUCAAUCUUACGAAUCCUUUGUAUGAUCGGAUUGGGCUGUACUUGCAUCCAUAUGCGGCUCUUAUUAACCACAGUUGUGAUUAUAACUCGAUCGUUGGAUUCGACGGGGAUGAACUCUUUGUCAAAGCUGUUCGACCGAUCAAGAAGAACGAGCAGAUCUUUAUUUCGUACAUUGACGCCAGUGAUCCUCACGACAUUCGUCGCAAGAAGCUGUCAGAGCGAUACUACUUCGACUGUCAGUGCUCGAAGUGCUUCGAAGGCACAACAGAUACACCGGAAGACAGCUUCUUGACAGCAACACACGACAUUACUGCAUUGGCAGUGGCAGAGACAAAAGCACAAGCCUUCAUGGAAUCUAUUUCUGCCCCCAACUGUGAAUCAACGGGAGCCGUCCGCAAACUGGAAUCAGCCAUGCAGGUCUUGGACCAAACCUCUGCAUGGCCCAUCACCAGACAGCCCUAUAUCUCCCUACGGGACGAGCUGAUCGCAUCCUUACUCACCAACGGACAGUUCAAAAAAGCAUUCGUCCAGGCCGCAGUUCGCUAUAUCCGCGUUGAUCCAAUCGUCUACCCUUACGACUCUCACCCCAUCCGCCAUGUACAUGCAUGGGCACUGGUGAGGCUUGCUAUUCACCUGUCUCAGGGGAUAGAGACAAAUCCAGGCGACGGUUUUACGCUUGAACGCUUCGAGUUAAAAUUCAGUCUUAUUAUCUGGUCUUUAUUGAAUAAGCUAAUAAAUAAAGAGUCAGAGAGCUGUACUGUGCCUAGUUUCAAAAGAAUGGUGCAGCUGGCGUUCUAUGAGGUGCACAAGGAGUUUGUUUCGAAUGGACUGGAUCCUUCUAAUAUGGCGGAUGAGAUUGAAAGGGAGUGGAAGAAAAUGGAGGGCGUUGUUUCUGCUACGCUGGAGAGAAAGUGA